AUGUCCGCCGCCGACCACCACUGGCAGCCCCCCGCCCCCUCCCUCGCCGCCCUCCCCGUCGACACCUCCAAGACAGACCCCACCCCCGCCUACUACAAGCUCCAGUUCGGCGACGAGCUCACAGGCUUCUCCUACUAUGUCAGGACGCUGACCGUCGUCAUCGGGAGGAACUGUGAACGGACGGCGCCAGUCCCCCCGCCCGCCAUCACAAACCCGAGUGUACCGACAAAUCCGCCUCUAGAUCCCAACCAACCAUCUCCCCCGGUAUUCACCUCGAGCAUCCUCCGUACACCCCCUGUUGCCGACUUUCCCUCGCCCCCCACGAACCAGCCCCUCGAAGCAGGACCGCCAUCGCCCAAGGUGCGGAUGGAGGACUAUGGGCCUCUGGUGGAACUGGCGGAGGCGGUGCAGAAUGAGGAUAUCGAUAUUUCGCAGAUGGACGAACCGAUCCCAUCUGCGGAUGCCUCGCUGGACCCUUCGGUCAAGCUCGAACCAGGCCUUGACGAUUCGCUCUCCGCGCCACCGCCUCCGCCACCACCACCCAAAGCGGACAACAUCAAUCAUGUCGAUGUCGAUUUAGGGCCACUCAAGUCGGUCUCUAGAAAUCAUGCCAAGAUCGAGUAUAGUGCGGAUUUGGGCAGGUUUUGCCUAGAGAUAUUAGGAAGGAAUGGGGCGUGGAUAGAUGAUAGGUAUUUUGUGAAAGGCUCCAUCGUCCCUCUUACUCAAGGCUCGCAAAUCCAGAUCGCGACCCGUAUCUUCUCCUUCGUCCUCCCUCCCGCCCACGCAGAGUCUCCCAACUAUGACUAUUACAACAAUCCCGUCCCUGAGAAUGUUGAGAAUCUCCCCUACCCUUACAACUUGCCCGCCGACGAAGUUGGUUAUCAAGAGUUCUUUGCCGAAGCCGGCCCUGGGCCUGCGUCUGCCGCUGCGAUGGCAGCCAGACAACCCCCCGCAUUCAAUGCAUUUGCUGCGGCAGAUGGGUAUGGCCUUGGGCUCGGAUUUGAAGGGGAGAAUACGUGGGGUACGUGGAGUGAGGCAGACAGCGAGAAUGAGAGUGAUCAUCAGGAAGAGCGGCCUGAUUACGAGGGCGAGUGGGACGAUGAAGAUGCUGCUGAAGAAGAGCAAGAAGAAAGCGACGAAGACGACGUCGAGGAACUGGAAGAAGACGAUGAUGACGAGGAUGUCUAUGAGGAGGCGCCGAAACCUCGGCAGACAGUCAAGUUAAAGCUCAAAAAGCCGACGGUCAUCUCCGGGGCAGAUGAUUCGGACCUCUCGUCAAUCGAGAGUGAACCCGAGAAGCCUCUCAAAAAGACCAAGAAGCAAACAUCUAGUGUCAAGAAGCAGGCUUCGACCAAGGCGACAGCUUCAGUUCCGGAGAGGCGUGGCUCGGAAACGAGUACAAAGGCUGGUAAACAACCUGCCAAGGCGGCAAAGGCGAAAGCAGCGGCGGCGGCCAAAAAGGAGAGCAAGUCGAAGAAGAAGGCGAGGGAAGCGGCCAUGGAGAUUGAGGAGAAGGAGACUUCAGCUUCAGUGCCACCGCCCGAGAAUAAAUCCGCGACGCCUUCCAAGAGCAAGUCGAAGAAGUCCUCAAAGCCCGAGGUUGAAUCUGCUUCUGUCGUUGGAGACGAUAAGCCUACGCCGCAGAAGAAGGAAUCGAAGAAGAAGAACAAGCCAGUACCUGCUGAGCCCAAGAUCUCGAAACGCUCCCCUUCUCCAGCGGCUAGAGGUCCCACACCAGCGACAGCACCUGCCGCCCCUCCUCCCGUCCCAACUCUUGCAGCUGCACUCGCAUCUACGCCUACUCCCACUCCUCCUCCCACAGCCCCUGCACCUCAGCCUGCUCGACCUCCUCAGGGUCUUCGUAUGCCCGGACAAGCACAAUCAGGCUCGCGUCCCCCAAGUCAGCAGGCGGCUCGUCCCCCCAUCCAACCCGGGGUACGUCCCGUGGGCCCCAUGUCCCAAGGCAUGCCUGGUCAAUCUGUACGUCCGGGGCAGCCCAUGUCUCAAGUCAGACCCCCUUCCCAAGGGAUGCCGAGACCUCCACUUGGCAACAUGUCUCGCGUCCCUCCAGCUCCCGUCAACACUUCUCCUCAACCCCAUCUGCCAUUCUACCUCACAGAGCUGAUCGAAACGCCCGGAAGGCCGGGACAUAUCAUCGUAAACGUCCCGAUCCCUCCGUCCGGUGCUGGGCCUCGUCCACCACCCGGGCCUAUACUGGGCUUGGACGGUAAACCCUUCAUCGGCCCUCCUCCACUCAAACCGACUGCCACGUUUGCUACAAUCAUCCACAAAGCUCUCAGCUGCCUGCCGAGAGGUCGAGGGACGUUGGGAGAAGUGUGUAAUUGGGUAGCGGGCGAGUGGGAGUGGUUUCGGCUGAAUGUCGAUUCAGGAUGGCAGAAUUCUAUCAGACAUAACCUAUCUCUCAACAAGGCGUUCCUCAAGGUCCCUCGUAUCCCCGAAGACGACCCCGAGUCCAAGGGCUCCGUGUGGAUUAUUGAUCCAUUGGAGGGACCGUUGUUUGUGGAAAAGCAGAAGAAGGAUGCGAUGAAGAAUGCGAGCAAGGAUAAGAAUGUGGAGAGUAGGCGCGAGAAGGAGCGGAUCAGGGCGGAAGAGAGGGCAAAGAAGCAGCGAGAGGCGGCGAUUGAGGCGAGCCGUCAGCCAAGACCACAUCAACAGAGUCUUCAACACCCCACUCUGGCGAGGGCUAUGCCGCCAAUGGCUAAACCAACCGUGAGACCACAACCUUCGGCGCCCGUCUCUCAAGCACCAUCCGCCGCUCAACCAAUCAGUGCCAACGCCAAGGGUGUCCUUCAGCCCAAAGCACCGAUCGUGGUGGUCAUGCAGCCCAUCACGCCUGCUCUGCGGGCAACAUCCGUCAUCUCUGCCACCGACUCUUCCGGCCAGCCUCUGCCGUUCGUAUGCGAUGGCACAACAUUGGUGUUGGACCGAGAUACGUUCGGUUAUCUGACAAGCGGGAUUCUCGCCAGUCUGACGUCGCUGGGCGCGGCGGGGGCUGUAGAUGUGUUGAGCAGUUGGAUCGUCAACAAGCGCAACAAACGGCCGACGCCAGCGUCAAAGCCUGGUCCGCCUACAGGAGCUGUGGGAGGGAAACCUAUGGGUAACCCUGUUGCAGGCGUCGUGCGUCCGUCGAACGGUGUUGCUCCAGGCGUUGCCCGACCUCCACUUGCUCCCCAGGCUGCAAAGCCUGCCGCACCUCCUGUCGGCCAACAGCGUCCCCCUCCUACAGCCGGAGCGGCUCCGCCCAGACCCGCCCAACUUCCUACUGCUCCUACUUCAUCCUCAGCACCAGCACCCAAACCGGGUGGCAACCCUCCUGUCAAAGUUACCGGCCCCGCUCCGCCAGGCACUUCCCUCACCAAAGUCAUUGGCAUGAUUGCUGCAGUUGCAAACGUCAAAGGCGAUGUCAAUAUCGUUGGGCCCAAUGCGAGCAAGCUGUUAAAGUAUAUCAAGGUGAUGGGGGUGCAUAUUGAUUUGAGGGUGGCGAAUGAGAUUUGGAUGACGGGGGUGAUACCGCCUUUGCCAGAGAAGAAGAAGGCGGGCGGUCCACCGGGGGCACCGGGAGCACCGGGGGCUGCGGCGAAGCCGGGUCAAGGUUCCCCGGGUCCAAGGCCCGUGCAGGGGCAAGGUGUCACUCCAGGAGCAAAGCCACCAAGCAAUGGGGCGCCUGUAGCGAGACCUACACCCCCAGAGGGCCAUCCUGCUCCUGGGGCGACGGCGGGCGUGAAGAGAAAGUUGGAAGAGAAUGGGGCGACUGGAGGGACGAUACAGAGUAAUGGUGUAGCUAGUAAUACGAAUAGUACGGGAUCGAACGGGGUCGCAGGAGGACAGGGGCAGAGUGGGGGCCAAGAAGCGAAGAAGCCGAAGCUAGAGACGUCGAAUGCGUAG